AUGAAUGAAAUUGUAUGUAUGAAUAAGAAACGUGGGGAAAAUAUUCAAGGUAAGGUAACAAUUUUUUUCCGUAAUUUGGAUAAAGAUGAGAAAACUAAGAGUCAAAAUGAGAGAAUUGAGAGAACUGAGAGCAAAAAUGAGAAAAUUGAGAAAAAUGAGAGUCAAGAUGAGAGAAUUGAGAGAACUGAUUGUCAAAAUGUGAGAAUUGAGAAAACUGACAACCAAAGUGAGAGAAUUGAGAGAACUGAGAGUCAAAAUGUGAGAAUUGAGAGAACUGAGAGUCAAAAUGUGAGAAUUGAGAAAACUGACAACCAAAGUGAGAGAAUUGAGAGAACUGAGAGUCAAAAUGUGAGAACUGAGAGUCAAAAUGUGAGAAUUGACAGAACUGACAACCAAAGUGAGAGAAUCGAGAGAACUGAGAGUCAAAAUAAGAGAAUUGAAAGAAGAUUGAGAGUCAAAAUGAGAUAA